AUGAUAGAGAGCGAUAUCCCCUCCAUAAUGUCAGGCAUCCUUAGGAACUCAGGGCAAAAUCACCACCCUUCCCAGGAGUACAGACUCUUAGCUUCUGACCCCUCCCAGCUGAGUGAAGAUGACCUCCCCAGUGACUUACAGUCCUUGUCGUGGCUGACAUCUGUCGAUGUUCCUCGGUUACAACAGAUGGCCAGUGGAAGAAUGGAUUUUAGCCUCGGUGCCCCGAAUGCAAUGCUGCAACAGACAGGUCCCGUAGCGAGCAAUAUGCACUCGACAGGAGCACCUGGAGCAAUGAUUCAUGUCCAGGCCAGCCUGCCACAGGGAAUCCUGGGCCUGAAUUCUCUUUCAACACACGGAGCAAAUAUGAGCCAGUAUGCUGUAGGUGGGCAGCUGUCUCCUAGUUUACAAACACAGCAGCAACUCUUUCCUCCUCCUCAUUCACAGCAAGUGUUUGCCCUAGCACAGAACACGCAACAGUGCAACCCAGCAGCGAUCUACAACACAUCCUAUGGGACUCAGCCCCACUAUUCCCAGCCACGCCUGGCUCCUCACUCUGCCCAAGAACUGCAUCCAAAGCAUUAUCCCAAGCCAAUCUACUCCUAUAGCUGUUUGAUUGCAAUGGCGCUGAAGAACAGCAAAACAGGCAGUCUUCCAGUGAGUGAGAUCUACAGCUUCAUGAAGGAGCACUUUCCCUACUUCAAGACGGCUCCUGAUGGCUGGAAGAACUCCGUGCGCCACAACCUGUCUCUCAAUAAAUGUUUUGAGAAGGUGGAGAAUAAGAUGAGUGGCACCUCUCGCAAAGGGUGCCUUUGGGCUCUCAAUCCUGCCAAGAUCGACAAGAUGGAAGAGGAGAUGCAGAAGUGGAAGCGGAAGGACUUGGCUGCCAUUCACAGGAGCAUGGCUAACCCAGAGGAGCUAGACAAGCUGAUCACUGACAGACCCGAGAACUGCAGGCGGCCCAGCAAACAGGCAGAGUCUGACGUCUCUGCCCUGAACCACAUGGCAGCAGCUCAAGGCCGAAUCUCCAUCUCCCAGCUGCAGCCUCAGCCCAUCAUGACGCUCUCGCUGCAGUCCAUCCCCCUCCAUCACCAGAUCCAGACCCAGGCUCGCAUCGCCCCAGACUCACCAGCACCUGCCCAAACGCCUCCUCUCCAUACUCUGCCUGACAUGAGCCACAGCCCUCUUCCCCAUCAUCCCAUGGGACGCGCACCUCCGGACUUUCUGAACGUGACAGCAGACGUGAACGCGGAGGUGGAUGCGCUUGACCCCAGCAUUAUGGAUUUUGCAUUGCAAGGUAACAUAUGGGAGGAAAUGAAAGACGACAGCUUCAGCCUUGAUACCCUGGCUGCCUUCAGCAACUCCCCGCUCCACCUUUCAGACUGUGACCUGGGCACCCCUGGCCUCACCCCGGUCUCCAGCGGCAGCGAUCACUCCUUCUCAGACUUGCAGGUCACCGGCCUUUAUACCACUUACACGACGCUGGACAACGUAGCGGCAGCUCAGUACAUGAACACCCAAGGCAACAAACCCAUCGCUCUGCUCUGAGUUUUGCACCAUUCCACGGACCUCUGACUCGGGGGCCAGUUUUCCUGACCAUUAAAAUCCAACCUGCAAUAACAGAGCUCCUUCUGCAGCCGCUUGGAACGUGUUUGCUCUUUACUGGGACAUAGAAUGUGAUGCCAAAAUAACUCGAACUCUUACCAGUAGAACCACUUUCACCGGUGACAACACUGAGGGAUGGGCAUGGACGGUCACGUUGCAGGACUGGUGAACUCUCACGAAGGCCCUGGAAGGCAUCGGUCAGCAGGAAUGUUCACUAGAAUGGAGCUGAGCUAAAAAAGAGUCCAGUUAAGGCAAAUACACAUAACGGACACUGUCGCCUGGAUGUGUACAUGGCCACUGGUCACCAUCCCCGUAGAAGCCAACGCAACGGGCUGGCCAGCACCAAGUUGAAAUCCAAAACUGCUGAUCACAUACCACAUAUAUCUUCAAUUGCCAAAUAACUCUUGUCCUUGAAGAAAGACCCCCACGUGGUUUCUGGAGACACUGGCACCGCUAAUACUUUUCUGAUGUAACUAUUGUUAAUUUAUUGUUCCGAGGCAGGAAAAAAAGGAGCAAAAAAUGUAAACCACAGCAGUUAUCUCUGGGAUUAAAAACAAAGUCCUUACCCUGUGAAGGAAGUGGUACUACUGAAUUAUUAAACUGAUCGCUGUCUAGAAGGUUUUAGGAAUUAUGCCUAUUUUAUUUAGGUUUUUAAAAAACAAGAUUAGAUUUGUUUAUAGCCUCGUGUAUUGUGCUUCUGUCUAUUCUUGUGCUAGGCAGUAUUACUAUUUGCAAAUUUAUUUAUAUUUAUUGUUAUGAAGAGAAAAGAAAUUAUGUAAACUGAGCACUGUUUGAUUUUUUUUUUUUUUAAAAUGCUGCAGUAACCUCUUUCACGUCCACUAAAUUAUUCAUAAUCAAAAAUGCAACCAUUUUCAUCACUGGUUUUUAUACUACUUUUUUUUUUAAAUAAGCACUUUUGAUACUGUGAAACUCAAAACUUCAGAGACCAAAUAUUGUAACUGUACUGUACCAGUUCAUAAUAAGUCUUUCUUUCCUAAUUAACCAAGUAAAGUCGAUUCUAAUGUAGUUGUUUAAAUUUUCAAACCCUGCUUUAUACUUGGUAACACAUGUUGUGAAAAAAUGUGGUAAAACAUUUGGAAAUAUAAAAAGCAACCUGUAUGUUGGAGUUUAGCAUUUAGUUUACUUAUACCUCUGUGACCAUGAAGUGAUAUUUAUAUCUUGUGUUUUGUCUGUUCCCGUGCAUUAAUAGAAUCCCCCAGGCUGGGUCCCAGUAUCCACGUGCUCACAGGCUCCUUUCUCCCAAACUCAUCCAUGUGCUAAAAUCCCAGAGGGUGGGGAAUGCUGGAGCCCCCCCCCCCCCCUUCUCGCUGAAAAUCACUCUUGGGAAGGUCCGGGGCUGGAAAACCUCGGUGCCUUCCCCAGCGUCUACAACCUCUUCCAAAAGGGCACAAUGCUCUAUGUCAUAAUUUAUUGUUCAAGAUCAAAUAUGAUUCAUGAUCAUUUGCUGUGAUGGGCAUCAUCAAUGAUGUCUUCGUUGUUUUAAAUAAACAUUUCUUAGCACUAAGCCUGGCUCGUCGCGGAUGUGCUGUGUUAUAACCGCUCUGCUGUCGGGUGAGCCCUUUCCACAUGGCACAGUUUGGCAUUCAACAGGAAUUUGGAGGCAUCUGCUGCUAGAAAUCCAACACGGUGGGGAAAUGGUGUCAUACAGCUUAGGGAUGGUGACAAAUGGACAAAGCUCAGACACAUCUGACUCUGGCCACGGUGUCCGAGCGUGUUGAAGAGCCGGCCCUGCUCUGGACUCGUGCGCUUACGUAUCACCACUACCAGAAAAGCUGUACACAAAGCAGUCACGGUGCCCACCUGCAAAUGGAAGUGAGGGCGCAUCUCUAAAAGAGCAGCUUUGCCCAGGCUUCGUUGCCUUUACAGACGUAACAUUACGUCUAUGUUGAGACUUUAUGACUAGCUCAAAUCCUCCAGGAGAUUUACCCCUCCAGGGUUUACAGCUAUUUACUACAUGAACUCUUUUUCAUAGAAUCAUGGAAUGGUUUGGGUUGGAAGGGACCUCAGAGCCCAUCCCAUUCCACCCCCUGCCAUGGGCAGGGACACCUCCCACUGGAUCAGGGGCUCCAAGCCCCAUCCAACCUGGCCUGGAACCCCUCCAGGGAUGGGGCAGCACCACUGCUCUGGGCAACCUGGGCCAGGGCCUCCCCACCCUCACAAUGAAGAAUUUCUCCCUGCUCUCCAGUCUCUAGGUUUCAAUUCUGUCAACCUAUUCCUGAAAAUCUCUGUGCCUAAAGGUGUGGAAGAG